AUGAGCAAGAAGCGGAAACGAAAUGAAGACACCACUACCGAUGCGGGCCAGCAACACACUGCCCCCAAAACGGUAAUCCAACAUGAGAAGGAUUCAGCGAGUACAACAUGCACCACUAACCUGAGGGACGAGAUAACGAGGGAUAGCGCUAUAAGUAAAAUUAAGAACAAGUUUACUGCUGCAACGAAUGAUAGACCAAAUAUCAAUCGAAAUACCCAAGACAAAAAACGAAAUGGCCUUACCACUGGCGCAGUGCAUACGCCUUUAAAAGACCGAGCCAAAGCGCUAUACCACGUUCGCAAGCAGCUACCAAUAUUUUCCUAUGGAGAUGAAAUUAGAAGAAACCUCCAGCGCAAUGAUGUAUUGUUGCUCGUUGGCGAGACAGGUAGUGGUAAGAGUACGCAGGUACCACAGUUUUUGGUAGAUGAAGAAUGGGCGCAGGCAAGGACUGUAAAGGUUGCUCCAACGACAAUGAACGAGAAAUCAAAAUCUCAGACCAAGUCAGCAAAUGGAGACCACGAUCCACCUCACAAGGAGUCUGAUGUGAAGGACAUUACGGUUGGUGGAUGCAUCGCCAUCACGCAACCUCGACGUGUCGCAGCCGUGUCCCUGGCGAGGCGCGUGGCAGACGAAAUGGGGACACCAUUGGGAAAUUCCUCACCUGCAAGUAAAGUGGGAUAUUCCGUACGGUUUAAUUCUUCGACGUCACCUAAUACCAAGAUCAAGUUCUUGACGGAGGGGAUGUUACUCCAGGAGAUGUUGACGGAUCCUUGGUUGACCAAGUACAGCGCUGUUGUUGUUGAUGAAGUACAUGAACGUGGCGUUAAUGUUGAUCUUAUUUUGGGGUUUUUGAGACUUAUUGUUUCGGGGAAGAACGAGGGGAGAGGUGGGCUUCCGUUGAAAGUGGUCGUUAUGAGUGCGACGGCUGACAUGGAAAGUUUACUUUCGUUCUUUGGGGAGGGACUAAAACAGCGAGAGGAUCGAGGAGCGGAUUCGGGAUCGGAAUGGAAUGGAAAAUCGGACGAAGAUACCAAUUGCGAAAUGGAUAAGGUGAAGCACAAUAAUUAUAAACCUUCCGACGGGGUUACGCCAUCGCCAUCAAAAGACAUAUCUGUUUGCCAUAUAAAGGGCCGUCAAUACCCUGUCAAAGUUAUUUAUUCUCCUGAGCCAGUUCACGAUUUCGUGGACGCAGCACUCCAGACCAUUUUCCAGAUCCAUAUGAAAGAACCUCUGCCGGGAGAUGUCCUGGUAUUCCUAACAGGUCAAGAAACAGUGGAAUCUCUCGAGGCGCUUGUUAACGAAUACGCGCUCACUAUGGACCCUGCUUUGCCCAAAGUACAAGUACUUCCCUUAUUUGCCGCUCUCCCUCAAGCAGCACAGCAACGAGUCUUUAUUCCAGCACACAGAACGCGCAAAGUAAUCAUAUCUACCAAUAUCGCAGAAACAUCCGUCACCGUUACCGGUGUUCGCUACGUUGUGGACUGCGGAAAAGCCAAGAUGAAACAAUUCCGCGCGCGUCUUGGUUUGGAUUCGCUGCUUGUUAAACCGAUAUCCAAGUCUGCAGCAAUUCAGCGGAAAGGUCGUGCAGGGAGAGAAGCGCCUGGUCAAUGCUACAGGCUUUAUACAGAAAAGGAUUACUUGGCUUUACAAGAGACGAACACACCUGAGAUUUUGCGCUGCGACUUGAGCCAGGCGAUUUUAAACAUGAAAGCGAGGGGCGUUGAUGACAUUAUGUGUUUCCCUUUCUUAACCCGGCCCUCUAGAGAGGCUCUUGAGAAAGCGCUCCUGCAACUAUUCAGUAUCCAGGCACUUGAUGAAACGGGCAAAAUCAGCGAGAUUGGUGUGAGAAUCGCCAAACUUCCUCUCACUGUGCAGUUAGGUCGUGUGCUUCUAGCUAGUGCGAAAUACGGACCAGACUGUUUGCGCAAUGUCAUCGAUAUCAUUUCAUGCCUUAGUGUUGAGAACAUUUUCCUUAGCACAACGUCUGAGGAGAAGAAAAAUGAAGCAGAAAAAGCGAGGCGGGAUCUGUAUCGGAGAGAAGGGGAUCAUCUGACCAUGCUUGCUACAGUCAGGGCGUAUGCGGGUGAAAAGUCGGAUCGGAAGGCAUGGGCAGGUAGACAUCUUGUUUCACAUCGCGCAAUGCAGGCAGUCAUGGAUGUCCGAAAACAAUUAAUAACGCGAUGUCGACAAGCUAAACUCCUUCCAGAUGAUAACGACACCACCAGCACUAAGAUCAAUCAUACGAUAUCCUCGGAAGAAAACCCUAUCUCGAUCCUAAAAUCUUUCCUCACAGGGUUCGCUUCCAACACUGCCCGUCUCUCCCCUGAUGGGAGCUAUAAAACCAUCGUGGGAAAUCAGACAGUUGCCAUCCAUCCAUCUAGCAUCUUAUACGGCCGCAAAGUCGAGGCAAUCAUGUAUAACGAGUACGUAUUUACCAACCGAAGCUAUGCAAGGGGGGUAAGUGCUGUGCAACUAGAUUGGGUCGGCGAAGCUUUAGGAAGUUUAGGGGGAGACUAG